CACGCCCGGCCGGAAGGCGCCGUGCUGACCAUGGCGGCGCUGAGCCCCCACGACAACGGGACGUACAGCUGCAGCGCCAGCAACCGCCACGGCCGCGCCGCCGCGCAGUACCUGCUCGUCGUCUAUGACCCCGAUGCGGUGGUGGCCGCUCAGCGCUCGGUGCCGUACGCCAUCGUGGGGGGAAUUCUGGCCCUGCUCGUCUUCCUCCUCAUCUGCGUCCUCGUCACCAUGGUCUGGUGCUCCAUUCGGCAGAAAGGCUCGUACCUGACGCACGAAGCGAGCGGAUUGGACGAGCACGGCGAGGCCCGGGAGGCGUUCCUGAAUGGCGGCGAUGGGCACAAACGCAAGGAGGAGUUCUUCAUCUAGGG